AAGGUUGCUACAGGGGGGAGGUUGGGUGGAUGGGUAAAAAAGACAAUGAGAUUAAGAAGUACAAAUUUGAAAUUACCAAAUAGUCACAGGAAUAGGCUGUCAGAAGAGUACUAGAUUUAUCAGGGUGAUCACUUCAUAAGUUAUACAAUGUCUAAUCACUGGAUAGUACACCUGAAACUAAUAUAAUAUUGUAUAACAAUAUAACAGAGUCAAAAAAUAAAAAUAAGCUGAUGCAAAAUGUCCUCUAAUAUAGCUAUAUAGUUUUAAUACUCUGAGUAGUUCAAAAGAGAAAUAAAAGAUUUAAAAUGUUAUCCUAAAUUCCCUGUGCAGAGUAAAGCUAAAAUGUAAUUUGUGCAAUUAUUUUUUAAAAAUAAAACUAUGUUCCUAAAUGCAAAAAUAAUUAAAUGCAUUACAAAAUAAUAUAAAAAAUAAGAAACAAAUUUCAUUUUAAAUUUGUUAAAAUCACAGAGAAAACCUUGUAGGAAUAAGUGUUUUUAAAAUAAUCUACAUAUUUUAUAGUCAAUUUAUAUGUAGUAAUAUAAACAGGAUUAUUUACUAACUGUCAUGAAAACAGAAACAGAAAUACAUGGUGUAAUAACCCUAACAGUUUAUUCAUUGGAAGUAAUAUAUGUGCAACCCAAUCCAGGGAUGGAGUUGUGCGGAAGGGAUAGUGUUGGCAGAUAUGAAGAACCAAAAUAUCUUCACCCACGUGUAUACGAUGAAGGGUUGUUUGUAAAAAGUAAUUGUGAGUUCCCUGUGGAACUGGCUUCCCUUGGAGUCUUCAGGCAAAUACAUAAAUAUCUCUGCUCCCUGGUGCCCAGCACUCCGAGACCUCCUUGAUUUGCUACAUUCUAGGCUAUGAAGACUGCAUUUGAAGAUUGUGAGUAAGUUACAUGUUGAUGUCAGGUAACAACCUGGGGAGUAAAUAGGAAAGGAUCCCAUUUACACUAAAGGACUAUGGGGCCAAAGGUAAAUAUUAAGAACAUUGGGGCUUUCUGUCUGAUGUUAAGAAAGCAGGGUGAUAACUAAUGCUUUUCAAUUUAAAAUUCAUGGUAGUUGACAAUCUCAUCCUAGCAUCCAAGCUCUUUAAUUUGUAAUCAGAGCCAAUAUACUUUUGUUUCUCUACUUUUACCAUUGCAUAAUAGAUGCAAUCACACAAUGACACAAGAUUGCAAAUUGUUUUACAUGCAUUAAAUAUUUGUAUGACGGCAGUCUUUCUUCCAACUGCCAAUGACUUCAUUCCAUUCUCCACCUAUUUCACCUCCAUCCACAGAUACACUACAGCCAAAUAAAGUGAAUUAGCCAUCUGUUGGAUUUCUAUUAUAGUUUGUUUGUGCUGCUAAUAUGUUCACUUACCAUAUUAUUUUAGUUGGCUGUAUAAAUAACUAUUUUACUGUUACCCCACUGGAAAAAAAAAUAAUAACCUUAUUUUUUCAUCCUAGAUGUUCUUGGAACAUGCAUUAUGGGAAAGAAUCUGAUAGGAGCCAUAAAGCUUGAGUACAGUCUGCAAUUUUGACUGUGUCUGUAAACAGAAAGUGAGUUCCUAGGUCAUAUGCUCCAGUCAUGACUACCUUAAACCACACUGGUGUUAGCCACACUGUCUUCUAUUUGCUGGGCAUCCCUGGCCUAGAAGACCAGUACUGGUGUAUUUCCAUCCCCUUCUUCAUUUCCUAUGUCAUCGCCCUGCUUGGGAACAGUCUGCUCAUUUUCAUUAUUUUCACCAAGCGCAGCCUCCAUGAGCCCAUGUACCUCUUCCUCUGCAUGCUGGCUGGGACAGACCUUGUCCUCUCCACUUGCACAGUACCUCAGGCCUUGGCCAUCUUCUGGUUCCGAGCUGGGGAGAUCUCCCUGAACCGCUGCACCGCUCAGGUAUUCUUCCUCACUUCCACCUUCAUCUCUGAGUCAGGGAUCUUGCUGGUGAUGGCAUUUGAUCGCUACAUUGCCAUAUGCUACCCACUGAGAUACAGCACCAUUCUUACACAUACACUGAUUGGGAAAAUUGGUGCCGUCAUCUUUCUGAGAAGUUACUGUACAAUAUUCCCCAUAAUAUUUCUUCUGAAAAGACUGACUUUUUGCAGAACUAACAUUCUUCCAACCACUGUGUGUGAACACAUUGCACUGGCCAAAUAUUCCUGUGAUGACAUACGAAUAAACAUCUGGUAUGGAAUUUUUGUCCUGAUAUCAACAAUGAUUUUAGAUGUUGUGCUAAUUUUUGUUUCAUAUGUGCUUAUUCUCCAUGCUGUCUUUGGCAUCCCUUCCCAAGAUGCUCGCCACAAGGCUCUCAAUACAUGUGGUUCCCAUGUCUGUGUCAUUAUUCUCUUUUAUGGGCCUGGGAUCUUCUCAAGCUUCACUCACAGGUUUGGACGGCACAUCUCACCCCACAUCCAUGUACUGCUGGCCAAUGUCUGUGUUCUUGUGCCUCCUAUGAUGAAUCCCAUCAUUUAUGGGAUCAAGACCAAACAGAUCCGGGACCAGGUAACUCAUGUCCUAUUUCCCCCAAAAAUAUGUCUUUGGAAAUGGGAACCAGACUAGUUUUCUCAACAUUUCUAGCCAUACAUGAAAAAUUUUAGAAGCCCCAGCAGGUGAGGGACAGUUGAGACUAGAUAAAUGUCUCACUGCAUAUAUGUUCCUGAAGCAAGUCCAUAGGGGAGCUUGGGGACAUGCUUUUUAAAAGUAUAUAUAUAUUGUUGAUUAUGCUUGAUUAUAUAGUUGAUUUUGUUUGAUUAUAC